CCUAGCAUGUGAUUCCGCAUGAUGAAAGAAUGGUGUAAACACAAAGACACCAGUUGUAGCAAAGUUAGAAGUAAAUAUGGAACAUGAAAGCUCCACUUUGCCCAGUAAUGUUAGCACUCGCUGCACUUUCUUCACCACAGACCCUGACGACUACCACUGUGAUGUAAUCCUGACAGUUAAGAGAGCCACAGGGACCUUCUCACUGAUUGGCUGCCUAUUCAUGCUGUUUGUCAUAUGGCUGCUACGCAGAUACAACUCCUUGGCGCAGAAGAUGGUGGUGAGCCUGACGGUGGCGGCCUUCUUUGAUAGUGUUGCUUACGUCAUGGGCGAGUCUCAUCCUGUAGGUUCCCUUUGUAACUUUCAAGCCUGGUGGCUCACAUACUUUGACUGGUGUGCCUUGGCCUGGGUUUGUCUCAUCACAUUCAAUCUCUAUCUCAACCUGGUUCAGGAGAUCAGGACCGAACACUAUGAGAUACCGUACCACCUGCUGGCCUGGGGGGUGCCCAUGGUCAUGGCCAGCCUCCCUCUCUUUCUAGGCUACUAUGGACCAGCCGGAGCCUGGUGCUGGAUCACAGAUAGCCAUGUGGCGUGGAGGUUUGGCAUAUGGUAUGUGCCACUCUUCAGCCUCAUCUUCCUCAUGAUCUGCUGCUACGCCCGCAUCAUCUGUGUGGCCAAUCAGAGGAUGCAGUCCUGGAUUGGCACUUUCAACCCUGAGCGUGAGCGCAGGAAGAUGGCUCUAGCUGAGGAGAUUGGUCCUCUGAAGUGGUAUCCCUUUGUGUAUCUCUUAGUGUCUCUGUUUCCACUUAUCAACAGGAUCCAUAAUGCCAUAUACCCAGCGUCUCCAGUGUUUUCUCUGACCCUACUGCACAUGCUCAGUGCGCCGCUGCAUGGUCUGGCCAACUCCUUUGUGUUCAGCCUGGAUGCCUGGAGUCAGCUUAGCACUACAGGCCUGAAGCUGGCAGUGACAUCCCGUCUGUGUGACCAGACACGGAUCGGCGAGUACCACCCUGCCUACGUACGCUACACACACGACCUGGACACAAACUCUGAUUCGGAUGACGAAGACAACAACAUCCUCUUUUACAGCCCUGACAUGGCCCUGAAGGACAGAGGGCCCUGAGAGAGAGAGAGACAGAGAGAGAGACUGAGUGGGAAACUGUAGAAAAAGAAAGGAAGGGAAGAGAGAGUUUGACAUGCACAUAUUCAUCUGAUUAUUUAUCAUGGUGUUCUUCUCCAGAAGCUUCAUGGGAACAGCAGUAUGUUAGGCCGAGAUGGUCCCUGGCAUCCAUGGGUGGUUCUGGAGGGUAGUGGUGCUGCUGUGGGCCUCCAGGCCCUAGGAGAGUUUGGCCCUCUGUGCUCUCCAUAGCUGCUCUCUAUGCUGAAAUGGAGGUGGAGAAGUGCUCCAUUGUCUCAGAUUGAGGCUCUUGUAGCUGUAUUACCACCAGCAGAUGGAGAUGUGACCUUUUCUUCAUCAAUGUUCACUUGUAGCACUAAUAUUCUCUUUUCCCCUUACACACAUGUGAUAUUAAUGUUUUAUACACUUUUCUACCACUCAUUUGUUUAUUUUGUAAAAUUGCAUUGUGUUCAGUGAUGACACAGUUGUGUUUUCUGACUAUUUGUAUUUAAAGAGAACAUAUACAGAAUGUUUGUUAUAUUUUUGUAUGAUUGUUUUAAAGGGAACAUCUGGAUUAAUAAAUUCAUUUACCCUGUC